CGGUUCCUUAUGGACCUGUGUCUCUUCUUCAAGAGUGGAGUAGUUUUAUUUUCCUAUCAGCCAUGUUUUGGUCAAUGAGUCCGUCUUUACACGGCUUAAAAAUUAAGAUCAUUACUAAUCGUUGAGAAUCGUUCAUUUUGUUUCAGUAACUCUGUGGCGAAAUGUUUGGUCUGUUACUACUAGCUCACCUGGCAGAGGCAGCAUCUUCGCAGAGAAUUGUGUGCUACGUCAAUGGCUGGGCUCAGUAUCGCCCCCUGCCGGCGACAUUUGUGCCGGGGCAGGUGGACCCCUUCCUGUGCACGCACAUCGUGUUCGCCAGUGCACAGAUCAAUGGCAGCCGACUGCAACCAGCCGUGAAAGAAGAUUUAAGAAGGUUCAAAGAUAUUCAAAGGCUGAAAAUCAACAACCCGCAGCUGAAGACUAUGCUGUCCGUGGGGGGCUGGGACAUGGGGUCAUUGCCCUUUUCUAUUCUCGUCAACGAUUCUUCAUCCAUACGAGAGUUCGCCGAGACCACCACAAAGUUCCUGCGGGAACAUGGCUUCGAUGGACUGGAUGUCGACUGGCGAUUCCCAACACAACGUGGAGGUCAGAGACAAGAUGGCGCCCGAUUCACUUUAUUGCUGAAGGACAUCCGGGUAGAAUUUGAGCGGGAAAGCGUGGAGAGCGGAAAAACAAGGCUGAUGUUGUCCGUGGUCGUCGGUUCUUCUAAAUCUGUCGUCGACUACGGCUAUGAAAUCUUGGAAGUGACUAAGAUGGCGGACUUCCUCAAUGUCCUGUCUGUGGACCUGGUGGGGACCUGGGAGGUAGCCGCGCAUCCCUCCCCCCUGCAAGUGGUUGAUCAAGUAACCAGUUCAACCGCUGGUCGCCGCUCUCUGAGGUGGACCGCUGACUAUUGGCUGAAGAAGGUGCCGGACCCUGCUGUGGUCAACCUGGGGUUAUCUUUCCACGCCAGUGACCUUCUUGCUUACCUCCCUUAA